GGCCCGGCCCGGCCCGGCCCUCCCCGCCCGCCGAGCCAGUCCUGCCGCGUCGGGAGCGGCGCUGGGCCCGCCCCGGCCGCGCUGCCCGGCUGGUUCCGCAAGUUUUUGACAGUUCCAGCACGGGAGCCCAGGCUGCGCUGGGCUGGGGCCGCGGCGCUCGGCUGCAGCGAGCUGUCCCCGCCGGCACCAUGUCCCGGGACCCCGAGGAGGUGAACAGGCUGACGGAGAACACGUACAAAAAUGUUAUGGAACAGUUCAAUCCCGGACUGAGGAAUUUAAUAAAUCUGGGGAAGAAUUAUGAAAGAGCUGUUAAUGUUAUGGUAGUGGCUGGAAGAGCAUAUUAUGAUAGCCUUGCAAAGAUUGGGGACAUAUCAGCAGAUUCUCCAGUUUCUAAAGAAUUAGGCCAAGUUCUGGUAGAAAUCUCAAGAACACACAAGAAACUUAAUGACAGUCUAGAGGAGAGUUUCAAAAAGUUUCAUAAAGAAAUUAUAUCUGAACUGGAGAAGAAAACAGACCUAGAUGUAAAAUAUAUGACUGCAACUUUAAAAAGGUACCAAACUGAACACAGAAGCAAACUGGAUUCUUUAGAGAAGUCUCAGGCUGAGCUGAAAAAAAUCAGAAGGAAAAGCCAAGGAGCACGAAAUGUAACAAAGUAUGAGCAUAAAGAAAUGGAGUAUUUGGAAACUGUGAGCUCUCGACAAAGUGAUAUUCAGAGAUUUAUUGCAGAAGGCUGCAGAGAAGCUCUCCUUGAAGAGAAAAGAAGGUUCUGUUUUCUGGUUGACAAGCACUGCAGCUUUACCCAGCACAUGCACUUCUACCACGUUCAGUGUGCAGACUUCCUAAAAUCCAAGCUGCCUGGCUGGGAGGAAAUCUGUAGUGAUGCCACCAAAGUGCCUGAAAAAGUCAGAAUGAUGAUAGAUGAGAUCAGGACCCCUGGCUCCACCCCAGUGUCGGGAACGCCGCAGCCUUCACCCAUGGUGAAGAGAAACACCCUGAUUGGAAAUGAUUUUUAUCCUCAGCAAGAAAAUGCAUCCAAAGUGCCCCCAGCUCCCACAGGCAAGGCGUACACGAGCCCACUCGUGGAUAUGUUCAACAAUCCUGCAACUGCUCCCAAAGCACCUUAUGAAAACCUGAAUCACUCAGCAGAGAAUUCAGAUUUUGCCAAUUUAUCACGUUCAACUUCUGUUGCCACGGGAUUAAAUACAAUGAAAAGGCAAAAAGUGAAGACAAUCUUCCCACAUACUGCUGGAAGCAACAAGACAUUGCUCAGCUUUGCCCAGGGGGACAUCAUCACCCUGCUGGUGGCUGAGGAAAAGGAUGGCUGGCUUUAUGGGGAGCAUGACACAACCAGACUAAAAGGAUGGUUUCCAUCAUCAUACACCAGACCAUUGGAUGAAUCAGCAGAAGAAAAAGCCUUUGCCCCUGUGCCAAGCCCUGCACCAAUCCGAAGUGUGAGUUCUGUGAACCUUGUGGAGAAAGGGGAAGUUGUCCUCCCACCACCAGAUUACCUGGGGGCUGCCCAGCCAGACAGACGGACGGAGCCUCCGGCCAAAGGAGCUGCUGUGAAAACGCCGAGCGACAGGGCGGAGCCGGGAGGCGGGAAACCUGACAUGAAUGGCAUUAUAAAACCACCUUUUCUAAGUGGAGAAAAUCCCUUUGCAACAGUGAAACUCAGACCCACAGUGACAAAUGACAGAUCUGCACCCAUUAUCCGAUGAAUGCACCUGUGCUUCCUCCUUAUUUCCAGCAAUGACAAAUACUUUCUCAACCUGUCCUAAAAAUUUAUUUAAAUGUAAUUACUGUACAAUAGACACAAACUGGAAUGGAGCUCUGAUGUUUUUUAAACCUAUAGUUUCUAAUGAGGUAAUUGCUUUGGGCUAGUGUUUGAGCACCUGGGCUUGACUUUACAGUAUGCCUUUUUUGUAGUAGGAAUUGUGAAAAUACUAGAGAUAGUUUGGAUACUCUAGUCAGAGUAAGUAAUAGCAUUCAUUACUUGGAAGCUGCAAUGGUAAGUUCUAGAAUAUAAGCCUGCAUAUGCCACCUACUAAAGAAGAUAUCAAUGAUUUUUUUUUCAAACAGAACAAUGUAACAAACGCCUUAUUCCAGAAUAGAGAAUUGCCUGUAUAAAUGAUUAUAUGUUAUUUUGUGUAAGAAAGAUACCUUAGGUUAUAAAUAAAUAUUUAUCCCCUUAAGAAUAGACAACUUGUAAUGCCUUGCUUAAUGUGCACACACAAAUUCCAGGUGUUAACAGAAACUCAUUUUCAGUCUGUUAUACUGUCAACACAUUCUUCAGUGAUAAUUUUGUCUUUAAAAACUGUUGUCAAACUUUAGUCUGAUAAAAGGUCAUAAUAAAGCAGUGCCAUGAUUUUUUCUCAAAUGCCAGUAUAAAAAUGCCUUUGAAAUUCCUCCAUUACUGUAGCCUACCCAAAAGGAAAACAUCCUAAAGUUGAAAACUUUUGGUUAAGGAGCUGAGCAAAGGCUCAGCUGGCACAGUGCAGUAGUUAAGUCAAACUGAGCUUUUAACUUCAGCCACAGCAGAGCUGAGCUGUGAUUAAUCCUUACUCUAAAUCACUCUAUUCUACACAUGCACAUUUCCUGCAGAAUCCCCUGGCUCAUUCCUUAAGUGGUGCCUACUUCUACUACUAUAAACAGUGAAUUCAAGUCAUGUGAAAUGCCUUUCAGUUACUUAAUAUCAAAAAAUAGUAUAUGAGCAUGUGCUGGCUCCUCUCACCCUGCCUUUCAAGUUCAAGGCCGAGGACAGUUUGCCAGAGAGCCCUGCACAAACAUCCCACCUGAAACACCAGCUCUUCAGAGGGUAACUUACACCUGAGCCCAUCUUCUAAAGCACAGUGGAGGCAACUCAACCUAGCCUGUGUGAGCUUUCAAUAAUUCAGUAUGAGAAUUAAACAAUCUAAGAUGCAAAAGCCCUUUACUCAGGGCAGCUCAUGGCUGGCAGUGCCCCAACAUCUUCCUGCUGCAGGCAGAAGGUUCUGCUGUCUGUGAACCAACACCAGCCCCUGCAUGAUGCAAAACCCUCACUAAUUAAAACAGGGUUCUGAUUGUGGGUUAUUGUGUCUGCAGUGAGGGAGGAGCUGUUGCCAGAAGCAGCACACACAGAACUUACAACACUUGCCUCAAUACCUAAUGCCCUAAACAUGUAGAGUCUUAAACAUCAUUUAUCAUCAUAAUAAGGAUUCUGGCACAUACUUACCCCUUGUUGUAGCUAGGAUUACUACUCUGCUUUCAGGCUACACAGGAUCAUACAUGUCAGUAACAUAAUAAUCCAGCCACAAGUUGAGGAUUGCAAAAGGAAAAGCAGUUUUAUUUAGUUUUCAACAGGUGCCACUAAACAUGGAAAACAAGUCAGGUUUUCAUGUUUUGCAAUGCACACGCUCAUAAAAGAUUAAGUUUAAAUUACAUGCAGGAGACUAAAUUCCUUCACACUUUACAAAACAGGUCUGAAGCAAAUAAAAUGAUUGUACAUGACAUUUACAUUAGAAAGAGUAUGCUAACAGUUGUAGCUUCUGUAAGCACGUCCACGUUCAGCCCCUCAGCCAAAAGCUGCCCCACAGUUGGGGCAUCUUCUCUGCCUCAGUGCAAGGCAGAACAGAAUCCCAAUUGGAAAGAACACAAUGGCACACAAAACACCAAGACAGGUGAAGGUGUCCUCCAACACGCCAACCCUGCAAAAAGGGAAAACAGACUCAGUCAAGGACACUCACCAAGUUUGCCACCAAGUCAUCACUCUGCUCUGGCAGUCACAAGAAACCAUUCCACACAGCAAGAUAAAGUACAAGGUCUGGGGUUUGUUCCUGGUUUCUACUUCUCAUAACUGAUUUCCCUUUACAACUGAAGAGGAACUAAUUAUUGAUGUCACAUGGCUCCAGCUGACUCCCAAUUCCACAACCACCCAGAGACUUUGUUUCAGCACAGUCCUACGACAGCAGAAAUUCACCUCCAUGUCAGUCCCUGAAUCCUUUCUGAAGUGUUCUAUCUGAGCAUCUCCCAAAAUUAAGACAGACAGUAAACGUGAGAAUUCAGACUUUAGAAAUUUGCGCAGUUACAUUAAAUAAUCAAGAUUUGGAGUUUAGCAAAACACUCAAGAUGUAUCCUCCUGGUACAGUGAGAGCCAACACAGAGCUGAGUGCCCUGAAGUGCAGCUGUGAGCAGGAACCAUGCUGCUGUUUCCCUGUCAGCAGCCAGGGACAAGUUCUUGGAUGUGUAAAUAGGGCCAAGAGACCAUUUCUUACAGCAACUGCCUGAAACACUGCAGCUUGCUCAAACUUGGGAACCAUUCCCCUUCCCCUCAACCUUCAUCAGAAGCAAAAGGCUUUUCCAAGUGUUCUUGAUAUUCUGCUGCUUACACGAGCUCAUGUACCCCUUAAGCUUUCCCUCACUUUAAUGCACUUUAUUUCUGUUUGCAGAGAUAGAAUUUAACUCUGUAUCUGGUAUAAAAUAAAGGAACUGUCAGGUUACCAUUGAUCCCA